AUGUCACUCGGCCGCACUUUCACCCUCAACUCGGGGUACAAGAUCCCCGCCAUCGGUCUAGGAACCUGGCAAUCCGCCCCCAACGAAGUCAAAACCGCCGUCGAAACCGCGCUCAAGACCGGCUACCGCCACAUCGACGCCGCCUCCGUCUACGGCAACGAAGCCGAAGUCGGCGCCGGCAUCAAGGCCUCCGGCGUCCCACGGGAAGAAAUAUUCAUAACCUCCAAACUCUGGAACAACGCGCACCGCGCCGCCGACGUCGAAAAGGCGCUCUCCAAGUCCCUCUCCGACCUGCAGCUCACCUACGUAGACCUGUACCUGAUCCACUGGCCCGUCGGCUUCGUCGCCUCGCCCGACAUCUUCCCCACCGAGCCCGACACGAACCUGAUCGCGCUCGACAACGUGCCCAUCAAGGAGACAUGGCAGGCGCUCGAGCGCCUCGUCGAGGCCGGGAAGGUGCGCAGUAUUGGCCGCCAAGAUCCCCCAGCCAUAAACCAGAUCGAAGCCCACCCCUACCUGCAGCAGCCCCCGCUCCUCACAUGGUGCAAGUCCCAAAACAUCCUCAUCACCGCCUACAGCCCGCUCGGCAACAACAUCUACAACCUCCCGCGCGUCGUCGACGACCCGCUCGUCGUCGAGAUCGCCUCCCAGCUCGGCAGGCAGCCCGCGCAGGUGCUCAUCAACUGGGCUGUGCAGCGCGGGACCGUCGUGCUGCCAAAGAGCGUGACGCCGGCGAGAAUCGCCUCCAAUUUCGAGGAGUUUGUUGUCCCGGAGGAGGCGUUUGAGAAGAUCGCGGCGCUGGAGAGGAAGGGUAGGAUGAACUAUCCGCUGAGGUGGGGGAUUGAUGUGUUUGGGGAGAAGAGUGCGGAGGAGGCGAAGCGGGUGGCGAGGGAAUGGGCGGAGGGGCAGAAAAAGUUGAAGGCGGAGAAGGGGGGGAAGUAG